CCAAACGGGCAGGUGGUCGAGAAGCCGAAAAAUGUAUGGAGCGCUAGCUAAACUAUGUAGCUGUAGAUAGUACAAGUACAAGUACAAAAGAGGUAUAUACUAGUGAAAUACCAGUCCAAUAUAUAGUUAAAUCUUAUUGAAGAAGGGGGGGAGUUCAUCAUGUCGACAAUUGAACUCAUUACCUCGGAGGACUGGGGAUUUAAGCUUGACUCUGAAGAGCAAGGCUUACAAGUAUUUGAAGAACCAGUGAAUAUAGAUGAUAAUGGAAAUAAACAUUUGAAUUUAUUAUCUAUAGCUCAUUUAAAGGGGUAUAUAGCUAUUUCUAAUGGUUCAAUACUUAAAAUUGGUCAUAUAUCGGAUUUAUCAUCUCUUAAACUGUUUGGAGAUGACGAGUUUCAAAUAACUCAAAUCUUUUUCAAUUGUGAUGAGUCUCGUCUUUAUUUCAUUAACAAUGCUUCUAUUCAGUAUCUAUUAACUCAGGAGUAUUUCGAACAACAAAUCACAAAAGUUUACUCAUUUGGUGAUGUAGAUAAUGUUAAAUCGAUAUCACCAUCACUUUCCGAUCCAGAUUCAGUAUUAAUUUUAACCAAUUCAAAUGAAUUAUAUUUGAAUGAUAAGAAUGGCAAAUUAAGUGAUAAUGUUUCAUCUUACACAUGGUCAAAGUCAGGUUCUAUGUUUUAUAUCACUAGUGAUUCAUAUAAUAUUCAUUGUAAGAAUUAUGAAACUGAUAUUAUUGAGGUUAAUUUAGAUUUAGAAGCUUAUGACGUUAUAGAUUUACGUUCAGUAGGUACUAACUUCUUAAUAACUCUUAAUUCAAAAGAAGAUGAAGAUACUCAAAGUUUUAUUAUAGAUUGUAAUGGAAAAGAUCCUAGUUCAAUUGAUGUAGCUCCACCUUUUAAUAUGAUUGAACGUGUUAAUCAAUAUUAUAGUGUACCAUUAGUCAACUGGAUACCUGAUACAACUAUUAUAAUAGUAACAUCAUCUUUAGCGAUAGAGAUAUCUACCAUAAAAAUAUCAGAUACUACUACAGAUGUUAUUGAACCUGAAGAAGAUUCUCUGAGAGCACAAUUUCCCCUUGAUGAAGAAUCUGGUGAUGAUACAUCAGCCGUAGGAAUAGAUAUUGAUUUUACAGAAUUUCAAACUACAGUUAAAGAACCAUGGAAUGGUAUACAAGAAGUCAUUGGUAAAUUACCUAAACUCUAUACAUUAUUGCAUACAGGUCGAUUAGUAUCAUGGUGGAUAUAUGACAAAUCCUCAGUAACCAAGGAAGAAGUGGAUUUAAAGAGAUCACUCGAAUAUUACGAGAAAGUAUCAAAUCCUCAACCUAAUAAACCUGUAAUUUCUAAUCCUUUUGGAUCAACUAAUGCAUCAUCAUUCGCCUCUCCAUUUGCCAAGGUCUCAAGUGAUAAACCUAAGGAUGAUACUUUAGAUGGAGCUUUCAGCAACUUAGGAUUUGGCAAGAGUACUCCAAGUGAAUCAAAAGUUUCUCCAUUUGGUGCUUCAUCUCCAUUUGGGGGUUCCGCCUUUGGAAACAAAAAAGAUGAUAAGCCAUCCUCUGCCUUUGGAAGUUCGGGCUUUGCAAAUUUAUCAACUAAGGCAUCAUCUGCAUUUGGAAGUUCUGCAUUUGGAAGUUCUGCUCCAGUUCCAGUUCCAGCUCCAGCUGCAGCUAGUUCCGGGUCUGCAUUUGGUUCUUCUGGAUUUGGAUCAUCGGCAUUUGGUUCUUCUGGUGGGUUUGGAGCUUCUGGAUUUGGAACUAAGUCUGACAAUAAAGCAUCUCCAUUUGGCAGUUCUGGAUUUGCCACAUCCUCUAAAACUGAAAGCGGGCCUGCUUUCGGACUGCGUCUGAAUUCAUCACAACCCAUUAAGCUGUUUGGCUCUUUAACUUCUCUGAAGGGAGACUCUAUAUUUGGUUCUGAUAGUGCUAAAGAAUCUCCAUUUGGAAAGUUGUCUCUGUCAGAUAAAAGUUCACCAUUUGGGUCUUUUGGUAAAUCUGAUACUAAGGCAACAGAGCCUAUCUCACUGCCUUUCGCCAAAUUUGGAAACAAGGAGUCUUUACCAUCACCAUUCACAAGUUUAAAAAAGGAUACAUCUUUGUCUAUUCCAAGCAGUUUAGGUAAUACUGUAGAGUCUACUCUCCCGGAGACGUCUCAGGAUGAGGAAAGCCCUAUUGAAACUGAAGAGCUGGAAGAUACUUAUUCCGAAAGUGAAGAAUUCGAAGAAGACGGUGAAGAGUAUGAAGAAGUAGAAGAGGAACAACAACAACAACAACAACAACAACAACAACAACAACAACAACAACAACAACAAAUCGAAGAAUUGUCAAACCUGGUUGAAGAUAUCACUUUUGAAAAGAAUAUUGAGCAACAUGAGAAAUUUGAAAAGCCAAUUACAAAGAUAGAUUUGUUAAAAUUUGAUGGUAUAUUGAAAAAAGGACCAUACUCCGAUAAUUCCAUCAUGAAUAAGAUAUUAGAAAUAUAUAAUGAAACUUGUGGUAAUUUGAAAGUACUACAAUUGAAUGUUCUUGCCUUAGGGGAGAUGAUUGAAUCUCAAUCUUCUACUGAGAGUUCUCCUUCCUUGGAUAACCCAGAACGUUGGACCUUAAGUUCUAGUAGUACUUUAGAAGAUAUAAUAUCAGAAGAGAGUGUCUAUGCUAAAGUAUUCUUGAAGAAAGUCGGUGAGCAACAGCAAAGUACUAAGUCAUUACUUGAUAGAGUUCAGAAGGCUCAACAAUUAAGAAUUCAAUUUGAUAAACAAUUCACUCAAUUGGCAGUAUUUAAAAGUGAUCUUAAAUCAUCAAUAUUAAAAAGACGACCUUUAAAUUUACAACAAGAAGUAUUACAAAUCAAGUUAAGAGAAAAAUUGGCUAAAAUUAAAGCUUUAGAAGCUGAACUUGUAUCUAAAUUAAUGCCAUUAAAAGCUCGACUUCAUUUAGAUGAAUCAUCUCUAAAGAAUUUAGAAAAAGUUAUCUUUGAAAUCAAUAGUAGUUUAACUAGUCAUCAAGAUACUAUAAUCAAUUUACUUGAGGAUUUACAACAGGAACAACUAAUAAAAGAACCAGAGUCAAAACCAGACUCUGAGUCUAGUAAUUUUAUAUCUAAAUGGUCAUUAAGUGAAUCACUUAGAUCACAAGAAGUUAAAGUUAAACGUAUUUAUUUGUAGUUAAUUAUUACAUAGACUAACAAAAUAUAUUUUUUCUUUGUCCGUCGCGACCCA